ACUAACUUAUUAUUCUGCUAGAGAGAGAGAGAGAGAGAGAGAGAGAUGGGGAAGAUGAAUUCCCAACCAGAACCUACAGUUCAACAUUUCAGUCAUCCCCACCCCUUACACCUCUCCAAUCAUCAACCCCAACAAACCCUGAACCUAGCUUUAUGUUCAUGCUGCAAGCUCUCAGUUUCUGGAUUGAUCUACACUUGCCAAUUAUGCAACUACUACCUCCAUGUCAAGUGCUCACAAAUGCCUCAGCAAAUCAAACACCCAUUUGACCAAAACCAUGUUUUCUCUCUCCUCCCAACUCCCAUUUACCCAGAAGGCAUCUUCAGCUGUGAUGCUUGUGGAAAACAAGGCAAUGGAUUUUCCUACCAUUGCAAAGCUUGUAGCAUUGAUCUCCAUGUUCCUUGUGCUUUAAUGCCAUUGUCAACCACUCAUCAAUCUCAUCAUCAUCAGCUCAACCUCACUUUCUCACCUCCUUAUCAUAACCAAAGCUUUUCUUGUGAUAUUUGCAAGAACAUUGGGUCAAACCACUGGCUCUACAGGUGUAACUUGUGUGAGUUUGAUGCUCAUUUGAUUUGUGCAACAACAAGACCAACUGUUCCAGCUCAAGCUCAACCAUUUCAGAUGCUACAGUAUCAACAUGGAUCAACCGUUCCUGUUCGGGUUCAAGUUCAAGCUCCUCCAAUGCAACCAAUUCAGAUGCAACAGUUUCAAACAACAGCAUCAAGAGUUGGACCUCAGUUUCAGGUUUUUAGGCCCCAGUACGCGGUGACACCGCCUUUGCAGAACUACCCACAAAACAAUUUUGUGAAUGUUGGGAACCCUUAUGGAUCUGUUGCACCAGUUGUGAAUAGGCAGAACAAUGAUCUGAUCAGCCAGGCUAUUCAGAGUUUUAUUGGUGGUGUUUCUGAGUCAGCAGGGCAGCAGUUGAUGCAGGGAUUGUUGGGUGGAAGUGGCGGUGGCAGUGGUGGUGGUAGCAACGGUGGAAAUGAAACUUUCCAAUUCUUGGAAGGAAUAAUAGGUAGUGGUGGAAACGGGAACGUAUUGCAGGCAUUAAUAGGUGGUGGCGGUGGAGGCGACAGUGGCAAUAACGGUGGUAUUCUGGAUGUUUUUGGUGGUAAUGGUGUUGCUUUUGAUGGAAGUGGAGUAAAUUUUGGAGCACUCGGGGGUUUUCAAAAUAACCUUUGAAAUUAUGCAUUGAACAACAAGCUCAUGUUUCAACCAAACUGAAAUUAAUUCGGUUGGUUAGAAUGCUUGCAUCUGAAUGGCACGUCAAGGAUAUUAUUCGACUUUACUCCGACUUACAAUGUAAAAAAUUAAAAUAAAAAUAAAAAAA